CUUUGCUCAGGUAAACGGGAAAGUGGAAUUCUCACUGACGACGACGACGGCGAAGGAGAAAAAUUAGCAUCGCAAGAAUAUAUUUAUAUAUACAGACACGUUUUCUUUUUGGCAAUCGGAGAUCCCAGUGUUCAAAUUCAAUGGCGGAUCGGAGCAGAGGCUUCCUCAGAGAGGAGUUCGUGACCUACGCUUACAUUCUUCUCUACAUCGCCCUCUCUAGCGGUCAGAUCUUCUUCAAUAAGUGGGUUUUGUCAUCUAAAGAAAUAAACUUCCCUUAUCCGCUUGGACUUACUUUACUCCAUAUGGUCUUUUCCUCGGUGCUGUGCUUUCUCAUCACCAAAGUCUUCAAGAUCAUGAAGGUUGAGGAAGGAAUGACACUAGAAAUAUAUGUUACAUCAGUUAUUCCAAUAGGUGCAAUGUUUGCAAUGACUCUCUGGUUGGGAAACACUGCCUAUCUGUACAUAUCCGUUGCCUUUGCUCAAAUGUUGAAGGCUAUCAUGCCUGUUGCUGUGUUUGUUCUUGGAGUAGCUGUGGGGCUUGAAGUAAUGAGCUGCAGAAUGCUUUUGAUAAUGUCAGUUAUAAGUUUCGGUGUUCUAGUAGCCUCUUAUGGGGAAAUCAACAUCAGCUGGAUUGGAGUGGUUUACCAAAUGGGUGGUGUUGUCGGAGAAGCCCUGAGGCUAAUCUUCAUGGAAAUUCUGGUCAAGAGGAAGGGCAUCAAACUAAACCCAAUAUCACUAAUGUACUAUGUGAGCCCCUGCAGUGCGCUUUGCUUGUUCAUACCAUGGAUAUUUCUGGAGAAAUCGAAGAUGGAAGCCAAUGGAACAUGGAACUUUCAACCUCUAGUGCUGACACUUAAUUCUCUUUGUACAUUUGCUCUCAACUUGUCGGUCUUCCUCGUCAUUUCUCACACGAGUGCUCUCACUAUACGGGUCGCUGGUGUGGUCAAGGAUUGGGUGGUUGUCUUGGUGUCAGCUCUUCUAUUCGCCGACACAAAACUCACCAUCAUCAAUCUUUUCGGUUACGCCAUUGCCAUAGCGGGUGUAGCUGCGUACAACAACCACAAGUUGAAGAAGGAAGCAUCUCGGGUUCCUUCUGAAUCUCCAGAGGAAGAAGGUCAAUCCAUACCAUUGGUUUCACAAUCUUCAGAUACAACCAAUAGAUAAUAAUGUAACAUCCCCUACGAGGUAAUGAUUUUAUUGUUCAUUUGUGAUUUGUAUCCGUUAAAAAAAAAAAGAGUAUUCUCACAGGACAAAGUGUUUGUACCUGAGAAAAGAUUAGUCAUUCUUAAAAUCUAGAAGAAUACAAAUGUACGGUCAUCCUCUGAACUACUUGGGGUCGAGGAUGAUGAGAUGGUUUAAUAGAACUCAGAUGACUUGAAAUACAAGUUACUUAUCGUUUUAAAUUUUUUUACUCAUUUA